GCGCGAGUCGCGCGGGCGGGCGGAAUGGCGCGGUCGGUGCAGCUGGUGCCGGGUUCGCUGGCGUUGGUGCUGAGCCCCCGGGAGGCCGGGCAGGCGGCUGGGGAGCCGGGCGGCCGCGCGCUCUUCCGCGCCUUCCGCCGCGCCAACGCGCGCUGCUUCUGGAACGCACGGCUGGCGCGCGCCGCCUCGCGGCUGGCUUUUCUCGGCUGGCUGCGGCGCGGGGUGCUGCUGGUGCGCGCGCCCCAGCCCUGUGUGCAGGUGCUGCGGGAUGCGUGGCGUUGCCGAGCCCUGCGGCCGCCCCGAGGCUUCCGCAUCACCGCGGUGGGUGAUGUCUUCCCAGUGCAAAUGAGUCCCAUAGCCCAGUGUCAGUUUGUGCCCUUGGCUGAAGUUCUCUGCUGUGCUAUAGCUGAUAUGAACGCGGUUCAGAUGGCCGUAACACAGCAGUCCCUCUUGGAGCACUUAAUCAAACAUUACCCAGGUAUUGCUGUUCCCUCCCCAGACAUUCUCUACAGCACACUGGGGGCUCUAAUUCAAGAGAGGAAGAUUUACCACACUGGAGAGGGCUACUUCAUAGUUACCCCAAGCACGUACUUCAUCACAAAUAUGCCAAUCCAGGGAAAUAAAAGUGCCCUCCUGUCAAACGAAGGGUGCUCAAGGCCCGCUUCUGGGACCUACCUGAUAAGUGUGGAUUGCUGUGCAGAGCCCACUCAGGAGAACGAGGCUCCCGUUUCCCACUGUCGUUCAUGUCAGUGCUACCCUGAUACAAGCAUGCACGACUCUAAGGACCUCCCGACUGCUGCAAAAGUGACUAGAAAAAACCAGGAAGGUCUUGAGGAGACCACAGCUUUGACCGAGAAUCAGGUAGUUUCAGCAUCUGAAGACACCCACAUCUGUGUGAACCCCAAACCAUUACCAUACACCAAAGACAAAGGUAAAAGAUUUGGUUUUGGUUUCUUGUGGCGCAGCUUAUCUAGAAAAGAGAAGCCCAAAGCCGAGUACCACAGUUUCUCCGCACAGUUCCCACCCGAAGAGUGGCCUGUCCGAGAUGAGGACAGUUCCACCAACAUCCCCCGAGAUGUGGAGCAUGCGCUAAUCAAAAGAAUUAACCCUGUACUGACUGUUGACAACUUAACCAAGCACACUGCCCUAAUGCAAAAAUAUGAAGAACAGAAAAAAUAUAACAGCCAGGGCACGUCGAUGAAUAUACUGACAGCCAGGCAUAGAGAUUCCUCUAAAGAGGUAACUGGGAAAAGGCAGGGCCAGCUCACCAAGCCCCGCAGGCGGGGCUGUUCUCAUAGGGGUAGACACAAAGCACGGAGCCAGGGGGGUGAGCUGGAGCCAGAAAACCCAGUACAGGAAAAGGCAAAGCAGCCCAAGAUCCCCACAGCCCAGCCCGCACCCCGCAGGAAAAGCCCCAGUGAACAAGUUCAUCACUUGCAUGGCAGGAAUCCAGCUGUGCUAGGCUCCCACUUGAUGUAUAAAAAGCAGAUCAAUAAUCCGUUCCAGGGCAUGCAUCUCCGAAGGCACCCUGUAUCCAAAGGGCACGCCCUUCAGAAGACCCAUGGUCUGAAACCUACUUGCACUGGGCCAGAGGAAAAGCCUUUCUGGAGCCCAAGCUCUUCAGACCCUUCCAGAGUCUUUGAUGGUGAAGCCCAACCGCCAUAUCCGAAACAAUUUGGUGAUAAACUUGAAGCAGAAAGCACGCAUGUGGUGAAAACUCCUGUCCACCCAGUCAGCGACAAUUUCAGAGGUGGCCCAGGAAAUUAUCCUCCACAUAGAGUUUUGCCAGGACCCCCUCGGUGCUGUUCCUUUAGGGAAAGUAUGCUGCGACCUGGUGUAUAUCACCAGGAAAACAAGGACCACCCUGAAGUCUUGCAGAAAAGUUGGUCCGCCUGUGACAUGUUCUUGGGAACCAAAGAAAAGAAUCAGGUCCUGCCCACACAACGUUGUUCUUUAGGCACAGACUCCUCCUCUGUGCAUGCAGAGGAUAACUCGACAGUGGAUAAAACACUACACCAGUUCCAAAACCUGGGCAUCUUAGAUUGCCCAGCUGGUGCAAAGCGUUUAAGGACUCAUGAAAGACAAGAUGGCGACUCAGAAGAACUAAGUAGGAAGGCGUUUCAAGUCCCUGAGGCGGAGAUUAUGAAUAUGGAAACCGAGGGGCUUUCUGACAGUGAUCAGGACCAGGUGGCUUUGAGUCAGAGUGACCCUGGGGAUGACGGAGGCUGCAGUUCCCUGUGUUUAGAGGACGAGGACUUCUCUGAGACAGAUGAUUUCUGUCACUCGUUGCCAGGACACACUCAGCACUCCUUUUCAGGCGGAGGCACGUGGAAUCAUUUGGGAACACCAGCCGUGACAGGGAGAUCUCUGACUGACUGUAAUAGCAGAGCCAUUGAAAGGAAUCACUGGUACAAGGCCACCGGGUUGUUUUCAAAUGCAGGGGAAAGCCCAAACCCUGAUCUCGCUGACAACCCUGGCCUAAAUUCAAGGAUCCCAUGGGAUUUCAACUACGAAGGAGAGCCCACUGUUGCCCAUGUCCAGACCCCAGCAGCUGCUGGCAGAAGUUUACUUGCGUGUUCUACAGUAAGGAAAACCAGUUUCCCAGUUGAGAUCCUGCAAGAUUCUCCUGGUGAUAGGGGAAAGAAUCCAAUUGUCUGGAGACAGAGCCUUCCAAGUCAGGAAAUGAAAGAGCAUUUCACAGACAAGUUACAACUUGUCAAGACCUCACAUGGGCCAGUGUUGGCUCAGGAGACACAGCGAGAACACCUUGAAGGGACAGAGAAUUACAGCAUGAUGGGAGACAGUGGGAUCGAUUCCCCCAGGACACAGAGCCUGGCAUCUACUAAUUCUGCCAUUUUGGAUGGAUUUAAAAGAAGACAGCAUUUUCUGCUGAACCGUGAAGGCGUUCAAAAGAGCCAAAACCUUGCAUCAAAUUCCUUGUUUCAACUAACCCCAGCUAUAAAUGUGUAACUUAAAAAAAUUUUUUUUUAAUUUUUUGAGAUGUGGUCUUGCACUGUAGUUCAGGCUGGCCUGUGACUCAACAGCAAUCCCCUGCUUUUGCCUCUGGAGUGCUAGGAUUACAGGCCAUAAAGCCACCAUGGAAGGAUUAAAAUUUUAACUGACUUUGGAGAACUCUUUUAGAAACUGGAUAAGUGAGAGUCCUUGGAAGCCGUACAUUUGUGCUAUUAUUAACCUUAUCACAUUGUAUUCUAUUACUCUUCCCCCCUUUUACCAUUUUAAAGCAAUUUCUAGUGCCUUUUACUGGAAACUUGUAGUUUCCAAUAAAAAACAUGAGGGCUGG